UUAUUGGCCAGAGUAAUGACGGACCUAACGCAUGCGCACAAAAAAAUACCACGCGUUUCACCCGCGAGUUGCCCUUCUGUGUAUUCUCUGUUCUUUGGCGGAAUGUGGCUAUUACUAGGAUUCCUAGCUAUUUUGGGGAGUAUGUGUACUUCUAUUAUUAUUUAUCUGCUAAAGAUGUUUUCACCCAAAGAUCCAAAAGGCAAGGAGCCAGAUGUCAAUAAUGAAGAAACAACACAUAAUAAAGAAGAGACAAAAUCUAUAGACAUGGAGACAGAUAGCAAAAAGGAAGGAAAGACAUCUAAUAAAGAAGAGAAAAAAUGUGUAGACAUGGAUACUGAUGCCAAAAAUGAAGACAAGACACCCAAAGAAAAAGAGAAAAAUCCAGGAGAAAAUGAAACAACAUUUAAUGAAGAAGAGAAAAAUGUAGACAUGGAUACAGAUGACAAAAUGAAGAAAGACAAAAGAAAAGAGAAAAAUCAGGCAAGGAGACAAAUGUCAUAA